AUGGAUUUGAAGUUCAUCAAUCAGAACAAGAACCCUGUUGUCGAUGACCCGCACGACAACGGCGAGGACAUCCCGGAAAGGUUUGUCAGCCGCUCACGCGUCCUUAAAAAAUCUUUCAGAUUCUUUAAAGGGUCACUCCGGCCUGUACCUGUUUCUGUCAUAACCGCAUUUACAGCUUUGAUGGUCGAAAAGUGUGGGCCAAUUGCACGUCACUCUUUUACAUCCGUGACCAAGCAAACUGUGGCUCAUGCUGGGCCGUCUCCACGGCAGCUGCGAUAUCCGAUCGCCUAUGCAUUCAUUCCAAAGGAAAAAUACAGAUGUAGUGGUGGGUGGCCAAUCGAAGCUUGGAAAUAUUUCAUUUAUGCAGGUCUUGUGACCGGUGGAAACUAUAAAUCAAAGGGUUGCUGCCGCCCCUAUGAAAUUCAUCCAUGUGGACAUCAUGGAAAUGAGCCGUACUACGGAGAGUGUCCCGACAAUGCGCCUACUCCGCCAUGCAGGAAGAGAUGCCAGGCCGGUUACCGCAAGUCAUUCCCAAGGGAUAAAUACUUCGGUACGUGGCCGAUAGCUUAA